UUAAGAUGUAGAUAAGUAUUUUUUAAUUAUAUUGGAUUAUCAGAGAAAUAAUAUGAAAAUAAUGUUUAAAUGUGUAGCUUUUUUAAGAAAAUCACAUAUUGGAUCUAAACCUUUAUUUCUUCCCGGAACAACAAAAUUAGAAGUUUUAGUAGCCACAAGUAGUCCAAAUACUAAGAAAAUAAUUGUUAAAGGACCUAAUGGGUGUUUAUCUCUUUUUCUUCCGUCAUAUAUUCAUAUCAAUCAUUGUUCUUUAACAAACAAAGUCAAGAUUUCAGUGGAGAAUUCAAUGAUCAAAGAACAACGAUCAAUGUGGGGAACUGCAAGAUCCUUGCUUUCAAAUAUGAUUAUAGGAGUAACAGAGUAUCAUUAUGUAACUCUUCGUCUAGUUGGAAUUGGUUACAAAGCUUUUAUUGAAAAUGAUUCAUUUUUGUCAUUAAAAGUUGGAUUUUCCCAUCCAAUUCAUCUUAAAAUUCCAGAUGGAGUCUUUAUUACAUGUCCAUCUUCUACUCAGAUUAUUUUGAAAGGAUGUGAUAAAGCAAUUGUUACACAAUUUGCUGCAAAUAUUAGAAAAUGGAAGAAGCCAGAGCCAUAUAAAGGAAAAGGUAUUUUUGUUAAUGAUGAAAAGAUUACUUUAAAAAAUACAAAAACCAGAUGA